UUAAAAAAGAUACCCUGUGGCUAAAAACGUAGUGACACGCGCUUAGAAUUAUCUGAAUGUAUUACUUCCAUUUGUUUGUCUGGGCAACACGAUCUAUAGGAUUGAAAUGUAGUGGGCCUGCUAUUGAAAUAGUUUGCAAGAGUAAAAAAAUAAGUUUAAAAAGUAAUCCCACUUUUUGUCUAACUCUCAUAACUUUUAAGAAAAUCAACAGGAUUGAAUGUUGUAAGUUCCCAAACAACUUUAGAAGACAUUUUAAGCUUAGAGACAAUGGGGGGACAAGUAUCUGUGGACAAUGUUCACGUUGUGGUGGUUGGUGGAGGUUUCGGGGGCACUGCCGCUGCACAACAGCUUAAAUCCAGUGGGAUACCCUUCACCCUCAUCGACCUCCGCGAUGCCUUUCAUCACAAUGUGGCUGCCCUCCGUGCCUCUGUUAAGAGUGGCUUUGCUCAGCAGACCUUCAUCCCCUAUUUUGAGACAUUUGGAGAGAGUUUCCUUCAGGGCAAAGUGGUGCGUGUGGACCCAGUGUCACAGACUGUUCUGUUGGAUGGCGGAAAGGAGGUCCAUUACUCACACCUCAUACUGUGCACGGGUACAGAUGGCCCAUUCCCAGGGAAGUACAACAUUGUGUCUUCCUACCAGACAGCCAUCCAACAGUAUGAGGACAUUGUGAAAGAGGUCCAGGCUGCAGGGUCGGUUCUUGUGGUGGGUGGUGGAUCCACCGGUGUGGAGAUGGCUGCAGAGAUCAAAACUGAAUAUCCAGACAAGAAGGUAAUUCUGAUUCAUUCCCACAUCGCCCUGGCAGAUCCAGAGCUGCUGCCCUGUGUAAGACAACAGGCCAAGGAAGUGCUGCUCGAGAAAGGGGUUGAGCUGAUACUCGGGCAGAAAGUGUCUAAACUGUCUGAGCUGGAGCUGAAUGUGACCCACAAAGACACAGAGAUCAAGACAGACAAGGACACAGAGAUCACUGCGGACCUCGUCAUCUGCUGCACAGGGAUGAAGAUUAACUCUGGUGCCUAUAGUACCAAUCUGAAUGAAUGCCUGGCAGAGAACGGGUCUCUGAAAGUGAAUAAAUACCUGCAGGUUGAGGGCUUCGACAACGUGUAUGCUGUUGGGGACUGUGCUAACGUCAAAGAGCCUAAGCUUGCGUACCACGCACGGCUCCAUGCUGGGGUUGCCGUUACCAACAUCACCAACAGUCUGAUGGAGAAGCCCUUGAAAUCUUAUGAACCAGGGAGAGUCUCCAUGCUGUUAGCCAUGGGUCAUAACGAUGGUGUGGGUCAGUUCAGCGGAGUGAGGCUCCCCCGCUUCCUUGUCACCCAGGGAAAAAGCAAGGACCUGCUGGUGUGGAAGAGCUGGAAGGAGAUGGGACAGAAAGCUCCUUAACAUGCCAUGCAGAACUUUCUGGAACAAAACCAUGUGCCAGCAAAUUCUUACUUAGGUGACAGUUUGCAUAAAUUGUGUUUCUAACUUUAUAGACCAUCUCAGUGGCGUCUGAUGAAAAAAAAGUGCAAUUACUGAUAUGCAGGGUGGUAUCAACAUUAGUAUCAAUUUCUAUGCAUUUUGAUGUCUGUAUAAUUAAAGCUCUGUAAUGGGAUUUACAUUA